AUGGCAGCACCAUCCUCGUCUGGGUCACAGGAGGCAGGGGCACAGGAGGGGGUGCACCGUCAGAGGCCCCGCUGGGCCCACACUGAGCAGCUGCAUCUGCUUCUUCCUCCAAGGGCAGGCGGACUGCGUCCAGCUGCGGCCGAGGAGGCCCUCCCGGCCGCCCGGAGGUGGCCCAGGCCCGCCCCACAGCCAGGUGUCCCUCGGGAGGCGCCCUACGUGGCCUGGACUGGCCACCUGGAGAGGCCGGGCGCUCCAGGACAGGCCUACAGCCGCCCUACGUGGACAGCCGGCGGCGAGACCCAGGACGGGGACAGCUCGGUGUCAUCGGGCCGCCUGUCUGGCUCCUCGGGGGGCCACAAGCCGUGUGCACCUGCCCAGAGGCCCUGGAAGGAGAGGCCCCCCCUGGUGCUGGGGUCCCCACGGCAGCACGGGGAGAGCAACCCCCGGCUGGAGCGGCUGAGGGAGAAGAUCCGGGCGCAGGCCCGUUGGCAGGCCAGCUGUGCCUCCCUGGGCACCUCGAUGCCUUCCAGCGCCUCUCGCCUCCUCCGAGCCUCCCCACUGGCCCCCCGGAGGAAGGUCAGAAAGCUGAAGAAGGCCCCUGCGGCCCCGGCCUGCCCAGGCUUCGGCAACCCAAGUGCAGCUGGGCGUGCCAUCCAAGACAAGGCCAUCCCUGACCAGGAGCAUGUGCCCUCCAGGGGCUCCCAGCGCCGGGCCUCUGCUCCACGGGAGAAACACAGAAGCAUGAAGAGUAGUUCUUGCAAAAGAGAGAAGGCCCCCCGGUCAUCCCCCAGAAGAACUGCCAAAGACCAUGGAGACACAGAAGACCCCGCUGGCCCCCGGAUGCCCCGUCCAGCCGUGGUCCACAGUGACCCCCAGGGGUUCGCCCACACGUCUAACCCGGUGUCCUGCCACGAGGCUGGGAGCAUCCAGUCCGCCAUGGCCGUCCUGAAGGACCUCCGCAAGCAGAUGCAGGAGGGGCUGGAGCUGGCCCAGGACCAUCGCCACAGGGGAGGGCAGGAGCGCCGGCAGCUGGCCGGGAGGAGGCCCCAGGGCCACUGGAGUGCCCCGGACGUGCGUUCCUCCCUCCACAGGAGCUCUGCCGGCCCAGCAAAGGGGGCGCACUGCUCCUCCUCAGAGUGUGCCAGGAGCACCUCCACCAGGCAGUGCUGGGGCGCCUCGACCAGGAGGGAGUCCUCUCCGCAGAGGACCUGGUUCCCCCAAGGACGGGACCCCACCUUCCAGAGGCCUGGGAGCCCCCCAGAGAGGCCCUGGAGUGCCUUGGCUGGGCAGAUGGCCAGGGUCCCCUGCAAAGACUGGGAGGCCUCUCCCCGAGGACCCUGGAGCCCUCCCGCCCAGCGGUCCUGGAGCGCCUCCUUCGUGAAAAGGGCCAGUGCCCCAGUCCAGGGCAGAGCCCACCCCUGGCCCAGGCCCGCCCAGAGCACCUCUCAGCUGGCACCCCGACAGGAGCAGGAUGCUCGGCUGCCGCCGCCCUGCCCAAAGCCCCGGGGGUCCCUGGGCCUCCCAUACAGCCCCGCGUCCCUGCGGGAGUUCAUGCGCCAGAAGGCCCUGGCACGCCAGCAGCAGGUCCUGGAGGAGAAGGCCGCAGCCGUGCAGGCACGGGAGCUGAGAAGCCAGCGGCUGCAGGACGUGUACAGGCAGCAGAGGGAGGCCGUGCGGGGCAGGGCCGGCCCCGCCCCCACCAAGGCCUUCCCCCUGGUCUCCCAGACGACCCCCAGCAUCGUGACCUUCAUCCCGCACUCAGCAACGUCCAGGGCCCAGGACGCGGCCGGGAGCGAGGGGUCGCCAGCGCAGCAGUGGAGCAAGGUGACCUCCGGCAUGGUGCUGGGGGAACAGGAGGCCCCAGGCAGCUUCUGCCUGUGUCUGGACCGAGCCUUGGACCAUGAGCCUCUGGAGACAGGAGAACCCCAGGAAGGCUGGGUGGGAGCUCCCCUGCCAACGUCUGCUGGCUCCCCCUCGGGUCCCCUGAAGCUCCAGGACCUGACCGCCCGCCACCCGCGCCCAGGGCUGUGCAUCUACCUGGGCCCCGAGGAGGCUGAGCACCUGGGCACGCAGGGCCCCCUGCACUUCAGCUACAAGCAGGCCCGGCUGCAGGCCCUGGAGACCAUGGCCAACGUCCUAAAGCAGCGCAUCGACCUCCUGACCGCCAAGCUGCUCAGGGCCGACGCCACGGACACUCUGGAGGGCCUGCCCUCGAACCUGCCGCCCUCACACCCCGACACUCACAGUGCCAGCCUGCCCCCGGGCCUUGGCACCCCCAAGCCAGUGAUGCCAGCCUGCUCCCGAACCUUGGUGCCCGACGCGGGCACAGGGUCUCCCUGGCGCUGGGCAGACGUGCGUGCCAGGCUGCUGCUCUCUCCCGCCUGCUUGCCGGACAGAGAGAUGCCGCUGUGGAGUCCUGGCUGGGAGCAGCGGAGGAGCGUGAGCCCCGGGGCCUGCCUGGCCUCCUCGCCCCCCGGCUCCACGGAGGAUGGAUGUUUGGAGCGGGACUGGAGGCUGGCAAGAGACACAGCUUCUGUCCAGGCCCUCGGCCCCCUGGCAGGGAGCUCGCUCGAGGUGCCAUCCCCGCCGGACCCCACCUGUGGCUCGCUGUGGCUGGAGGAGAUGCCGUCAGCCAGAGGGGCAGGCUUGGUCACGCCCUGGACCCUGCAGAGCUGCGGUCAGCAGGAGCCUGGCAGGCGCUUCUCAGACCUCCAACAGAAGUCCCUGAGCUUCCUCCAGACCCUGAAGCUGGAUCAGCAGAAGCAGGAGCAGGCCCUGGCCCUUCUGCGGCAGCGGGCGGAGCUGGAGGUCUGGGAGACCCAGAAGGCCCUGGAUGAGCUGCUCUCCAAACACCGGCUGGCGAGGCGGAUGGAGAAGCACAAGACCCAGGCCAGGCCAGGAGCAGCACCAGAGCUGGAGGGGCUGCGGCCGUGGGCAGGCCUGGAUCCGAAGCCACCCUGGAGCGCUGUGACGGCCAGAGCCAGGUGUGUCCGAGGUUGGGACGGUGGUGCCCGCCCAACGUGGAAGCCGUCCAUGGGCAGAGACACUGCUGCGCCCUCCUGGGGCCCGGAGAAAGUACAGGAGCAGCCGGUCGGCCAGUCAACCUAUGCGGGUGAGAGUCCUCAAAACCAGCCACCUCACGUGCUCAGCCAAGCUCCCUGCAUGGGCCCGAGGGAAGUGAGUCAGGCACACCCUGGAGAGGAGGGCUUCCUGGAGCUGCUGGCCUGCUCACCUGGGCUGAGCUCCAUUCCCAUUGGGAGAGUCUUUGUGCCGGCCGGGGUACGGCUGACGCCCCGUCCUCUGCCUGUUCAGAGGGAAACCCGACGCCUGGGCAGCAGUCGCCUGCUCUCGUGCCAGGAGAGGACCCUGCUCCUGCGGCACCACCAGCACAUAUUCUCGGUGCAGAGGGCCGUGGCCCGCCUGCGGCAGGAGCUCCUGGCCACGGCCCAGCUGCUGCAGGGUUCCAGCCCCGGAGCCAAGGCCGCCUGGGAGUGGGGCUCUGAGACAAGCCAGCAGCCAGUGGGGCCUGCACAGGGCUCGUCAUGCUCCCCAGCACCACUCAGGCCCCGCAGCCCCUCCGGCCACGGCCCCCGGAGGAGCCCCGAGAGCCUGCGCGUCCCCCCGUGAGUCAGCAUGGGCUGCCCAGCCUGUGCUCGCCCUCUCCUCCCUCGGGAGCGCUUUCCAAAUAAAACUCAC